CUGACACCACGGCACUCUAGCUGGUGCCACAGAGUGAGACUUUGCCUCAAAACAAAACAAAAAAACUCUAAGUUCAACACAGUGUGCUGAUCUCAGCUGCCUUUUACUCUUUCCUCCAUCUACUGACUCGGGUCCCCUAGAAGGUGCUGAGCACAUAGUAAGUUGCUCAAAUAUUUGUGUGGUUAAUGACUAGAUUAUCUCUUAUAAAAGUUUCCACUAAUAUCUCCUCCUUGGAAGCCUGCCCACUGCAUGGUCUUCCAUUUGCCACCAGGACCUCACGAGGGAGGGAGUUCCAGGGAGGCUUCCAGCAUGAGUGUAGCUCCUCUCUCCCUUGGCCCUUAGGGCCCAGCCCCAGCUCCACCUGCAGCAGGAAGUAGUCUCUGGGUUUAUGCAGUUGGUGAUUGUGGUAUUGUUGAAGGAGGGGAAAGGAAACUAAGCUUCACUGAGCACCCAUUCUGUGCCACACUCCUCUAAUUCUCCCCACGAUCCUGCGGAGUGGAUAUUCCUUUCCCCAGUUCACAGGUGAGACUCAGCUUAUGUGCUUUGCCUGAGGUCAUGCAGCUCGAACCUGGUUGGCCUGAAGUGAUCACCCAUGCUACCCAAGGCAGGUGUUCUCUCCCUGGGAUUUCCUGGAGACCCAUGUCUGCAAAGUUAAGCAUUGAGCCUGGACCUCCUACCCAAGGGGCACAGACAGACUGGGAGGCAGCAGGGAUAUUGACAACCUGAACUGGAGGGGUGCUCUAGCAUCCAGGGAAUCAGAAACCUCAGGAGGCAGCAGCACCAUCUCAGUCUACCACCACCGCAGGGUCCCAAAACCUGAGCAGGAAGAGGCUGUCAGAAGCCAUUGCUUAUCUGGAGCUAAAGAGCUCCCUUCCAGAUGAAUACUGAAGUCCCCAUGGAGAGGCAGCAGCAAGCAGGUAUUGUUAUUCUCAUUCGAUGACAUGAGAAUAAAGAACAGAAAGAGGGUGUGUUUUAUCCUCUAAGGUAGGAUCUUUACUCCUCAGACAGGACUGGCCCACGAGGCUGUAGAAGUCAUUCGCGAUAGUUAUUGAUGGACAUCGAUUUUCAUCCAGAUAGCAUGGGGAUCAAGGGCAAGCAUGACUUCCUCCUCCCUGGACCCCCAGCCCUUGGCUGGUUCAUGACAUAGAGCAGGAGCUUGGUGAAUACCAGCUGAAUGGGACCAAACAUGUAAUGGUGUCUUGUCUCUACUGAAAAGAACGAAAUCCUCUCAAGUAUAAAGCUCAGUCCCCCACUCCCCAAACAUGUUGAUAUGGUGUUUGAAAAAAUCAGCAUUACCCCAGAAACCUGGGUAUUUAAAUUCUGGGUAUUAAAUUCUGAGGAUCAGACAUCUGUCCGAAGAUCUGAUCAGCACUUUGGUGUAUUUAGACAAUGUAUUUUAAGCAGGUGCUGUGGGCCCUCAAUGCUGAGGACACAGGCAAACGAGGCCCUGGUCCUCAGGCAUCUGUAGGAUAAUGGCAGAUUAAACAAGUAAACUCUACAGGCAAUGAGUAAUUAAAACUUUUGAAAGAGCACAACAGGGAGCCAAGAGAGAAAAAGGAGGAAGCUCCCCAGAGGGGCCUCUGGUAAAGUGACAAUCUGGACAAGAUGAAGGAAAUGGGCAGGCCAGGCUCCUUGUGCAGUGUUAUCUCUUGGACUGUGUGUCGGGUGUUGUUAUCCCCAUUUUUCAGAUGAGGAAAAGGAGGCACAGAGAGGGGAAGUGGCUCAGCCACCAACCCCCUAAGGCUUGCAAGUCAUCACUGCGUCAUCUAGCCUCGUGGCACUCUGUGACACCAAUAACAGUGUGUUCGGUGCCCCCUUGCCUGUCGUGACACUGGCUCUCAAGCCCGCCCAGAUCCCCUCGCCCUCCUCUGACCCUAGCCACGAGCCCCGUCAUGCCUGGAGUGACCUCACUGGCCCAUCACUGUCCCCUACCCCCAGGGGAACAGUGAGAUCCCAGGUCAGAGAAAGGGUUCCACAUGGGCCACAAGAAUUCAAGGGAGUGGUCAGCAAAGGCUAGGGCGUGGGGAGAGCUUCCCAGGGCAGGGCAGGAUCCAGACAAGCCCUAAGGGGAGGAAAGGGCAUUCCUGCCAUGGGCAGGCACACAAGCAAAGGCCCAGAAGCAAAGAACUGAGCCGGGAUGCAGAGAAAACUGCGCCCAGUUUGCAGGGAGCCCUCAGUGUGGUGGAGGGGCUGGGGCCGGGUCCUGAUGGGAGGCAGGUUUCGCACAUGUCAGCAAGGAGAUCUGCAGGGGAGUGAGGGGUGUCUGGGGACCAGGCCAGGGGCCAUAGCUCAGUCCCCAUCAUAGCAUCUCUUUCAGAUUUUUCUUUGCGAUGUGCUUCCAAGUGCCCUGCUGAGGAACGAUGGGAAGUCUGCCCAGCAGAGGAAAAACCCUGCCAAGCCCAAGCUCGAGCCCCUCCGUCCAAGGCCAGGAACCUGUCCCCGUGCAAGCAGAGAGAAGCAAGGCCACAGCUGUGGCCCUGGGCAGUUUCCCUGCAGGUGGGCAGACUGAGCUGUCGCUGAGACUAGGGGAGCCGCUGACCAUCAUCUCUGAGGGUGGAGACUGGUGGACGGUGCUGUCAGAAGUCUCGGGCAGAGAGUACAACAUCCCCAGUGUCCACGUGGCCAAGGUCUCCCACGGGUGGCUGUACGAGGGCCUGAGCCGGGAGAAAGCCGAGGAACUGCUGCUGUUACCGGGGAACCCCGGAGGGGCCUUCCUCAUCCGGGAGAGCCAGACCAGGAGAGGCUGUUAUUCGCUGUCCGUCCGACUCAGCCGCCCCGCAUCCUGGGACCGGAUCAGACACUACAGGAUCCAGCGUCUCGACAAUGGCUGGCUGUACAUUUCACCUCGCCUCACCUUCCCCUCCCUGCAAGCUCUGGUGGACCAUUACUCUGAGUUGGCUGAUGACAUCUGCUGCCUCCUCAAGGAGCCCUGUGUCCUACAGAGGGCUGGCCCACUCCCUGGCAAGGACAUACCCCUACCUGUGACUGUGCAGACAACACCACUCAACUGGAAAGAGCUGGACAGCUCCUUCCUGUUUUCUGAAGCAUCUGCCACAGGGGAGGCAUCUCUUCUCAGUGAGGGUCUUCGGGAAUCCCUCAGCUCCUACAUCAGCCUGACCGAGGAUAUGUCUUUGGACGAUGUCAAGGCCCAAAGCACAGGCCGAAAGGGAAACCAAAGCUGCAGCACCUGGAAUCCCAACUCAACUCAACCCAACUGAGCAUCCCAGAGACAAGGCUGUGCAGAGAGAGGGAGGACUGGGACACACAGGUGCAUCCAGUGUCCCACCUAUACCCUCUGCUCUUUCCUCUCUUGGCCCUAAGAACUCACUUAUCUCCUUCCAGGGCCAUGACCCCACCUGCAACCUCUAGUCUGAGUGCAGUUUUGAGAGCAGGACCAGGGCUCCAGAAAGACUAAACUUCCUCUGGGGUCUAACCUGGUCAGUCUCUGAGUUUGGGGCUCCCAGCACUGUCUUCAUCCCCGGCCUAUUGAGUCCCAUUCUACAUCCUCCCCCGUUUACCAGCCCCACCCACAGGUGGAGACAACUCCUAGUAUCAAGGAGGAAAAAAUCAUUUUAAGAAACUUUACAAGUCUCACCACAACCUAGAAGGUAGGGCUGUGGCAUAGAAGGAAAGCAGAGGGGACAGAUAGCUUACCACAACAGCAGAUCCUGGGUUGUCCAACCUCCACCUGACCCCCAGAGCAAAGAGAAGGACCUCUGAUAGUCCAGGUCUUCAAAUGUCCCCCAUCAAGCCCCUUCUCUGGACAGCCACAACUCUGAGAUCUCUUUCAUAUUGUGGCUCAUAUCAUUCAAACCUGGGCAAGCUUUCCCAGGCAUGUUGACCUUGCCACCUUGUGGGCAAAUGCAAAAUGACACCCUCUAAGCCUGGCACACUGCAGUGAGGCCAGUCACCUUUCUCAGUGGCAGCCAGGGGGACCAGAAGGUAGUAAGCCUCUCCACAAUACCAGGGCCACAGCCUACACCGACUCCAACCCUUGAAUUCCCCGCUGCCCAUAAGGAGAAAGAGGGCUAGCUGGAGCUGCUAAGGGAGAGGCAGAGGAAGAGCAAGCACCUGUAGUGCUCCCAUUGGGUUCUCAAGCUACAGGUGGGGUGGGAAAGGUUUUACCAGGUACCGUCAACAGGUUCUCAAUUAAAGAUCUGAUUUAUUCAAGUA